GCCCAGCAUAAUCAUUCGACAUAUUUACAAACAAAACAGUUUAAGUGCGAAAAAAUAAAGCAAUUGCAUGUGUUUCUGCACUCUUUCGUACGCUUGUGCCCUGUGAUUCAUUUUGUUCAACACCUAAAUUCUCGUAAGUUGUAGUUUGUCUUUGUGAUAUUUAGGGCAAUAACACGCAUCAUUUUCCUGACCCCCCCGUUCUCGAUCGAUCAGCUGGUUUGUUCGCGCAACUACCAACAAAUAAUUGUUGGCUCGUGGGGGGUGCUUUGUGUUGCGUGCCUUCUGCAAUGGUGCAUGGCUAGUGUAAUUGAAGCCCGCAUAGACACACACUCACUCACAAACGCAUUCUAAGGAGAAACUUCCCAUCAUCGAAGACGGUACACGGGUUGCGCCGUUCGCGAUUGUGACCACGACCGGGAAGCGGUAGCUGGUGGGUGUUUGUUUGUUAUCAGUAGCUACAAUCGUACCCGUAACGCACUAAACACCACCAGCAUCAUCUGCUACAGCGGGCAGCUUCCAGUCUUUGUUGCGAUUCACGAGCCAUCGCACAUCAUCAUCGUCAUACAGUGUUAGGCGAGCGCCAUGGUACGGAUGUAGUGAUGUUUGCGUGUACGCCAUAUCGACCAUCGAUCGAUGACUAACGCGAAGCGCCCAGCGAACACAAGUGAGACUUCCAGCAGCGAAAACCACCGGAACCAGCGAGAGGAUGGAUUUUGCGACCAAUGUGAGACCGCUCCUGCAGGACACCGACGACCGGGAGACGGAAAGUGACGCCUUCCUGGAUGAUGGGUACGCCGGAUCGAUAAACGCGUCCACCAGCAACAUUCCCGACCCGACCAAAGAGAAUGCCACCGAAACGCGAAUCCUGGCCGGCGGUCACCGGAUCGCACCGUCCGAUAAGUUCAACUACACGUACGCCGUGUUCUACCUCAUGGGCAUGACGACCAUGGUGCCGUGGAACUUUUUCGUCACGGCCGAAGAGUACUGGCAGUACAAGUUCCGGAACGUUUCGUCGAACGAUACGUCCGCCCUAACGCCCCGUCAGCUCGAGUUCCAGUCGGAUCUGAGCAUUGCGGCGGCCGUCCCGGGGACGGUGUUUCUCAUCCUGAAUGCCUGCAUUGGCCACAAGGUGCCGCUGCACGUGCGCAUGAACGGAUCGCUCGUGUUUAUGCUGCUCAUCAUGAUCGGUACGACGGCACUGGUCCGGGUUGACACCGACCAGUGGCAGGAUGCGUUCUUUAACCUUACGAUGCUAUCCGUGGUGGUGAUUAACAGUUUUUCAGCCAUCCUCACCGGUGGGCUGUUUGGUAUAGCGGGACAGUUCAGUGCCCACUACAUGACGGCCGCCGUAAGCGGGCAGGCACUCGGGGGAAUAUUCUCCGCGAUUGCCGACAUCAUCGCACUGACCUUCGCCAGCAACCCGUCCACGACGGCGUUUGUGUUCUUUAUUGUGGGCUGUCUCGUGUUGCUGCUGUCCCUCGUCGCUUACAUCGUCAUGUCGAAGACACUGUUCUUCAAGUACUACACAAGCUCCAAAACGCUAAUGAAAAGUUCCCUCGAGGCAGAUCCAGCCACCAGGGAGAUCUGUGCAAAGCUAGAGCCCCGGUUUCCGGUCGUAAUGCGCAAGAUAUGGAUCUACGGGUUCGCAGAGUGGCUUGUGUUCGUUACGACGCUUUCGAUCUAUCCCGCCGUGACGGUGCUGGUGGGUUCGCAGAACCAUGGCCGACCGUGGAACGAUGUGUAUUUCCUGCCGGUCGUAAACUAUCUGCUCUUCAACACGGGUGACUAUUUGGGACGAAUUUUCGCCGGACUCUUCGAGUGGCCAUGGAAUAAUUCCAUCCUGAUCGGUGUACUUAGCAUCGGUCGUAUUGCAUUCGUGCCCGCGAUGCUUCUGUGCAACAUAACCCAGCAUCACAACUUUCCCGUCCUCAUCCACUCGGACUACAUGUUCAUCGUGCUGAUGGCCGCGUUUGCCCUGUCGAACGGAUACCUGGCCAACAUUGCUCUCAUCGGUGCACCGCGCGUUGUCGAGGGGCACGAGAAGGAGAUGGCUUCAUCGAUGAUGGCCGCCUUCCUGGGUAUUGGGUUGGCGUGCGGUUCUGCCAUUAGUUUAAUGAUCAUCGAAAUGAUCAAGUGAUACAGAUUUUCCUUAGACCAAAUGCAGCAAUGCAGUUAGAAAAGAGAGGGGGGGAGAGAGAGAGAGAGAGAGAGAGAGAGGGAUUGAAUUCCUUUUGGGAUUCGCUCGAUGGAAACGAACGUUCUAAGCAUCAUCCCGAUUAGCCACUAGAUAUGAACUGUUAUACACACACUAUAGUUAAACACAUUCACACAGUCUGUUAAGUGAGUUACGAGGCCGUGAUCGCAGGGAAAAGAUUUAUGUAGUGACAAUUUUACUGGGUUUUUCAUUGUUUAACACAGCGUGUGCUCGCGCUGUUUUGCAAAAAAGGGCCGCCGGGGACAGAAAAGAUAGAUCGAGAUCGAGAAAAGGAAAGUUAACUAUAACCUUAUACACCGCAUACAUACAACUGUAAGAUACUUAUUUAUAUAUAUAUAUACAUCAUAUCCAACGACCACCCAUCGGGGGAUCGUGCCCUGGCGUUGGCGUGGUGUGAAAGUACAUGCAACAUACAUACGGGAAUAUAAGCAUAAUCGAACUCUAGCAAAUCAAAAAAGGCGGGGGAGCGUGUAAGCGUGACGCAAUAAAUGGUGCUCAAUAUAUGUUUAAACACUUACCAAACCACCACAACAUAA